AUGUUUGAUAAAAUGAAAAGUCCUGGAACUCCUAGAAGAUCAAAAGGAAGGGAAUUUAAACCUCGAGAACCUUACACUCUCCGUUUACGUAAAAUUCUUGAAGAAUAUCCUGAUGGUUCACAAGUUCUUCGUGAAAUUCUCCAAAAUUCUGACGAUGCAAAAAGCACCGAACAAGUUUUCAUUUUGGAUCAUAAUACUUAUCCUUCGAAUAGUGUAUUUGAACCGGAUUUGGAGAAUAAUUAUCAAAGAACAGAUUUGAAACUUGAUAGAUAUCAAGGUCCUGCACUAUUAUCAAGAAAUAAUACCAUUUUUGAAGAAAGGGAUUUUCAAUCUUUAUUGAAAUUGGCUAAUAGUGAAAAACGCGAUCAAUUUGAUAAGAUCGGAGUGAUGGGCGUCGGAUUCAAUUCAAUUUAUCAUAUUACGGAUUCUCCUUCUUUCAUUACCGAUGAUAAAUACGUUAUUCUUGAUCCACAUGAAUGGUACUUUGAAGGUGGUGUUCAAUUCGACUUUGUUAAAGAGAAUUUGGCCAAAGAAUAUCCUCACCAAUUUGCUCCCUUCAGAAUCCCGUGUGAUAAACCAUUUAAAGGCACUCUAUUUCGUUAUCCUCUUCGAACUACUGAAGAUUCUAUUGAUUCGGAUAUUUCUAAAAAAAUUUAUAAACCAGAAAACAUUUUGGAACUUUUUCAGAAAUUCUAUGAAAAUGAAAGCAUCAAUUGCUUAUUGUUUUUGAAAUAUAUCGAAUGUAUUUCUUUUUUUGAAUUGAAAGUAGGUACUACUAAACUUGAAAAACUAUAUACUAUAAGGUUGGAAAAUGCUACACAAAUUCGAGAUCAACGUCAAUUGAUAGUAAAGAAAAUUGUAUCAAUGAUGGAUUCGUUAAAAUCAAAAAACCUUAAAGGCAAUCAAUUACAUACAACUUAUGUUGCUUCGUUCUCUCAACAAAAAGGCGAUUCUGGGGAAAAUAGGGAGGAAAGCUCGUGGUUGAUUUUGAAUUAUCUCGAUGAUAUAUAUGAAGUUGAAGCACAUUUCCAAGAGAAAUUCAAUAAGGAUAUAGGAGAAUAUAAGUUUAUUCCUAAUGUUGGACUAGCUAUCCCUUUGAAUAAGUUAAACAUUAUGGGAAGAUUAUUUUGCUUCUUACCUCUUCCGGUGUCUACGCCCUUUCAAGUUUCCGUGAAUGGAUAUUUUGCGACAAAAGUUAACGAUGUACUGAAGAUUAUUCUAGAAACAGAAUGGAUUCCUACCGUUGACGCUUCUGAGAAGAAAAUUUUCUCAAAGCGUCAAAACUGUUAUAGUCAAAAAGAUAAAUAUUUAGUCUGUCUGGUUACUCCACUACUUGAAUAUAAGAUUAAGAACAAGAGAUUUUUAAAAUAUUUGAAAUGGGAUACAUAUCCUGAAGUGAAAACGGUGCUAAAGCAGUUAGAGUUAUGUUGCGUUAGUGUGUCUAACAAGCAACCACCUGAGCAUUUGGAAAUGAUUUGUAACGCUAUUUACAAAUAUAUAAAUGAUGCUCUUCGAGCAAACGAUGAGACUUCUAAGAUAGAAGUUGAUUUCAUGAAGAAAUGUUUGAAAAAUCAACCGUGGAUUUUAUGUAGAAAUACAUUUCAUCCAACUGAUAAAGUUAUCUUUAGUCUUCCAUUUGAUUUUCAAAAUAACAACUCCUCAAUUGUUGAACUUCCUGAAGGGUAUAAAAAUGAUUUUGGGUACUUAUUCAAGGCUAUGGGUGUUCGAAAUGAGAUUGAAAUCAAAGAUUUAAUUACAAUUGUUAGUAAUAUGGUGAAAGGAAAUUUGGAUAGAAAUUUAUCAACGGACGAAAUAAAAAAGAAUGCAGAUGAUGCUAAAGCCACACGAUUUUCAAUAAUAAUAGAUGAAAGAUCAAAGUUUCAGCAUAAUGCUUCUAAUAAAUCUUUAUUUACAGAGGAAAUGGAAGAUUGGCAAGGUCCUGCGAUAUGGAUAUAUAAUGAUGCUACAUUUACCGAUAAAGAUUUUCGAUCUUUGAUCAAACUUGGAGUUGGAGGAAAAGGUGACGAUGAAUCCAAAAUUGGAAGGUUUGGGUUGGGAUUUAAUUGUGCUUUUCAUCUUACCGAUAUACCUAGUCUUGUAAGUGGGAAAUAUAUUGUAUUUAUUGACCCAAGUGCAAAAUAUCUUCCAGCACAAGGGUCUCCUCCUAGAAAGUGUGGGGGUAUGAAAUGUAAUUUUAUUGAAAAGGAAUUUAAGAAAAAUUUUCCAGAACAAUGUUUACCUUAUGAGGUUAUGGGCUGCAACUUUACAGAAGAAUUUAAAGGGACAUUGUUUAGGCUUCCAAUUCGAACUUCCAAAUUGGCAGAACAAAGUGAAAUUUCAAAUCAGCCUGUAGAUAUUAAAAAAAUCUUUCAACUACUCAGUGAAGUUCAGAGUAAUAAGGAGAUGCUCUUUUUGAGACAUAUAGAAUCAUGUAGUCUGUAUCGUAUUGAAGAACAACAAGAAUCUCUUCAAAUGAUAUGGCAAGCGCAAAUUAAUCAUAUGUUGGAUACUGUAAAUACCGAACGCAAUCGCAAUAUUCGUAAAAAUGUAAAUAUAACAGAUAAUGCGCAAAUAUAUCAAUUUGGCAUUGAAAUUGAUAAAAUUCAUAACAGGAGAGUUUCCGAAAUAUGGCUAUUGUGCACAGGAGGAUUGAGAAUCAAUUCGGACAAACUUGUAAAAUUUUCAAAAGAUAAACGACUCAAGGUAAAUAAAUAG